CUCCACCCUAACAGGAAAACCGGAACAACUCGUCAGAUAUCAUCUUCUCCGACAGUUUUUUGUUGUUUUGAUCUACUUCUGACUGCCCUAUCCAAAAAUCAAACACAUAUGCAACCUCCCCACCCCUAGGGGCACCUUCGACGAGCUUUUGGGGAGUUUUGGCUUAAUUUUGAUGUCGGAAAACCUCUACAUUGAGACUCCAAAGAGAGUUAGGCAAAGCUCCGACGCCCUCUUCUGGUCAGUCAUUCGGCCGGAUUUUGACUUCCUCGUCUUCCGCUUCAAUCUUACUUGUUUCUACAUGUGCGUUUUGAACUAGUGUUUGUUGGUCACUGAGCCAUGAUCUAGGAUUCCAUUUGAAACCUUUUUUUUUAUAUAUUGAACACCUAGUUUUAUGCAUCAUGUGUGUUUUUGGGAUGAUUGUGCUUCUAUGUUGAUCAUCUGACGUUGUGAAAUGCCUAUGUAGGCAUGUUACCUAUAUUGGAAAUUAAUUUUAGGGGAGUUCAUUUUUUCCCCAAUGUGCUUUUUCUAACAAAUAUUUCCACGUAUAGUGCUCGUUGCUUUUGUAUUUUUGCAUGAUGGUAGAUCCAAACUACCCAUACCUCCAGAAGGUAGUGACUCUAUCCCAAUGUAGGAGUAGCUUUCAGCUUGACAACGGGCCCCUGUUGGCCCUCAUUAGUGAGUUGAUCUCCUUCAGUUUGAGGCUCGAAUUGUAGGGCUGGUAUGGGGGCAGCAGUGGCCCAUCCUUAGUGGCGCCACCUAUUCGAGCUUCACGAUGACAUUUACUUGGAGCUCUGCAUUGAGUUCUACUGUACCUUCAUCCACUAUCAAGCAAAGGGACCUUAUGGCCACCACAAGCCCUAUGUUAUGUUCACGUUGGGGGGACAAGUCCGAAAGAUGAGUUGCACACAUCUCGCAUAGGACAUGGGGCUGGAUACUGAGAAUAUGUGCGACCAUGAGGUUGAUUUAUUAAUGACCUCAAUUCUCAGUUCGUGUUUGACAAGGUCUGCCUACCUCAGCACCAACAGGUUAGAUAUGACCCUAUACACACCAUGGCGAAUAUGCUUCAACCUUAGUGGCGCGUCAUCUAUGCACUACUUGCCCGAUCCAUUUUCCUAAGUGAUGGGUCAUCCAACAAGGUCACCAAAAGAGCUAUACUAGCCUUUGGCACCACCUCAUUGACCAAUUACACCUUGGGUCAAUUUUGGAAACUUCAUUUUCUAAGGCAACGAGCAAUUUCCGUAAUCGUGCCAUUAAUUUGGAGGAUUACAUCAAAAUUUUGCCUCGAUAUCUCCACAUCGACCUCAAUAUUUGUACCAAGGUAGGGCGCACUACAAACUUCCCGGAAGAGACAUAAAGUUCCAUGCACUUACUUUGCAUUUUUGCACCCUUCCGAUACAUUGAGGGUCUCUUCCAACCACCAGAGUCAUCCUAGAGAGAUCCACCACCGCUCCGAUGUGGCCAUACCGGUUGCCUCAACAUCAUCUAGAGUCAGUCCUUCCUCCUCGGUCAACCUUGAGGCUUGAGUCCCUGCUCUUGAGGGCCAAUUCGUCGGAGUUUCAUCUCAGAUUGCUCGAGAGCAUGAUGCCCGACGUCAUUCACACAAUGUGGAGGAGGAGCUACUCCGAGCUCAGGGUGUCCCUUUCGUUGAACCUGAUUGGCAUUUGUCCCCUCCUUGCCCGGAAUAGUCACCACCAGUCUUGAAUGCCAUGUUGGCACCGUAGUACUACCAUCUCAUUUUUCUCCACUUUGACUCUAAACUCUUAUUUUGUUGUUUAUUUGUGUUGAACUAGUACCAUUGUGUUUUUAUUUUCUUGUGAUGUUUGACUAUUGUCAUUGUGUAAUAACCACGCCAUGUGCGAGCAUGUGUUUAUUUGUUUGUGUGUUUGUUCCGCGUGAAGCGCUAUCCCUCGAAACUGGUCCAUCUCUAGUCCGACUUUCCGUCACCAAUGAUUCGCUAACCUCGUUCCACCCUUAUUCUUGCUCCAUUGUGGACAAUGUCGUACUUAAGUGUGGUUGUGUGUACGUAUUUGUCAUUCGUGUGUGAAUAAUGAGUAAGAAUGCCCUCUAAGAAUGGUUUGGAGCCUUGUCAUUGCUAAAUUUCUACAAUUUGGGGGCUUUGAUCACUUGUGCAUGAUUGGUUGAUGGUUGGUAUUGAGAUGUCUUUUGGAACCUAGUUUCCAUUGAAAAUUUUAGGGGUUCCGAACACAUUAUCCCAAGUAUGUUCUUGCUUAGUGUACUUUGAAUUAUCUGAUGAUUGGGAUGGUGUGCAUUAUAUAGAUUAGUGUGGCGCUAUAAAGAUGUUUUUAUCAUGUGCAACUUUACUUCUAUUUCCUCUUGGAUGUGUUCAUAAUGUUUGCUAUCGAGAUUACGACAUGUGUGUGGGACUCUACCCAAUUUUGGACUCCAAAACAUUUUGCAAAAGGUGCUCCAAUUGGCAAAAAAAAAAUGUUUUGAAACAUGAGUGUUCUCACGUGAGAGGCAACCAAGCAUAGUGUUUGAGUUAAGCAGGCAAAGGACCUUUCUCUUCGUCAGGAUUGCCUUUUGAGGAUGUGUUUGGGGAUCCGAUAGCUUUCUAGUGGCCAACCAUCAUCAUUUACUACUUUCCAUCCCCCAAACACGUCUCCUCCUCACGGACUUGUAUAAUAAGGAGAUAGUGUGCCUCUACACAAGUUAAAGAGACCUCGACUCUCAUUUGUAUCCACAUGUGUAGCAACUCGUCUACUGAGACGAUGGAGCAGAAAUUAGUGCUUGAGAGAGCAGACUAACGUCCAACACUUCACCUUUUAUACUAUUCAAUCCUGAACCAUCACUUUCCCUACAUGAGGGUGAGAUAGAAAAUUCAAUGUACUUUUUCUCUUAGCCACCAGGAAAGAUGCCUUGAUUGCAAAAAUAAAAGUGCAAUUGUGGACUUGUGGUGCCAUGUGCGACAAUGUUUAAGUUGAGGCUCGAAAGUUUGAGUCCUCUUUUGAAAAAGAAGGUAGAAACAACACCACUGAGUUAUUUGCUUUUCACAUGUUUUCUUGAGAGCCCCCAGUGCACACGUGAAGUGUCUAGACCUCUUUAGUUGGAAAGGUCAUGAUGUAAGCAUGUUAUCCCUCAAGAAAAUCAAUUUCCAAGAAUUCCAAAGAAGUAUUGAAAUCGAGGAAGAAGGAAGUGUUGAGUUUGGCUAAGAGAAUAAAAAGCUUCAAGGUACCUACUUUGGACGCUUACUCGUUUAUAUUGGGAGCUAUUCGAGGGAAGCUAGGAGAUGGAGGUGAGAGUACAAAUCUUGUUGAAGAUAGUAGAGGCGUCGGGUGAGAAGAUUGAUGUUUCAUGGACACCAAACGAGCAGCCUGAAGAUCGUAUGGUGAUCAGGAAAAUUCCCUAGGUGAAGAUACCUUGGGGAUUUUAACAAAGGCCAUUCCCCAGGGUCAGAAGCAUUUUACCCACCUGGGGAUUUGAAGACCCAACUCGGGGAAUAGUAGUUGACGAGAUUUUUUGCCUUUUGGUUUAGAAUUCUUUUCCUUCUCGGGAUUUUUAUUAGUUUUAUUUUUCAAGUCCUAUUCAAAGGGUUGUAAGCACGAGUUUUAGGGCACAUUUUGAAUAAUAUUGAUAUUAUCUU